AUGAAGAGCGAGCACGAGCGCAAGCUCGACGAGCUCGGCGAGUUUGCCGUCAAGUAUCGCAAUUUUAUUGUCGGCUUUGAGCAAAGCGCGUCGCCGCCGAGCAGCGGGAAAAAAGUCACGUACGGCAAGUCCAAGGUCAAGAACCGCAAGACGACGAGCAAGACGUGCAAGUAUGCCCAUUUGAACCCGGCUUGGGACUCAGCCGUUUCCCGCCGCAACAGCCGCGCUCACGUGCCGUAUUGUAACGACUCCAACUACACCUGCGAUGUCAUCGGGACGUCAGAAGAGUUUUGGCUAUUCUAG